AAUUUAUCAGAUGAUGGAAGCCAAAGCUAAAAUAAAAGAAACUGAAGCACUGUUACUUAAAAGAGACUUAAAUUUUCAAGAAAUUAUAUAUAGAAACUCCUUACGUGAUCUAAAAUGAUGUCAUAUAUUGGAAAUGCAGGAGCUAGUCUGGGAUGUAGGAUCAGAUACUGAACAUGCUUCAAAUUUCCUGAUUAAGAAGUUACAACCAUUAGGCUUGAGUAUCAUCAAAAUGCUAACUCUCAAACAACAUUCAAGCUCUAAAUGCUUCAAGAAGAUUAUGAAAUCUUCCUUUAUUAAGAAGAUCUGUGAAUUAACUGUUGUAUUAGAUAAGGACCGAAGCAAAGCCUUUGCUUGUAACUUUAGAUCUAUCAUGAAGCUCAUUCCAACUGUGAAGGAUAAGUUUGUUUUAUAUCAUUGAAAUAUUAGUAAGAAUCAUUUUAGAAAAUUAAUACAAGCUGGAAGACAUAUCUUAAAUAUCGUUUUCAUUAACUGAGAGAUUAGUAUGAUGGAAUUAGAACUAUCUGAUUCAUUGCACUAUUCCACAAAAUCCAUAAUUUUAGAAUUUUGGAAAGAUCCAUUAAGCUCAGAAAGCUGAGAGCAAAGUAUUAAAGAUUUAUUAAAAGCAAUGGCAAAAACUGAUUUGAACAAAGCACUUGAAAUUUUGAAAAUUAACAGUUCAACUCCUCUACAAGAUCCCACAGAAUAUGCUCAAGAGUUAGGCUUUCACAAACUAAGUAUAAAUUAUCAACAAAUUUAG